AUGCUCAGUACUUGGCGAAUGGAGGCUGCCCGGCAGAAAGAUCGCCUUAACCAAAACCAACAGAAAGACUGGGAUCGCCUUAACCAGCAGGAAGACAAGGAUCGACCUAACCGCCAGGAAGAAGAGUCGAGCACGCAGAAAAGGCAGGGACUUAAGGCAGACCGCCCGGACUUCAAGGUCUUGAUUGAGGAUAGGGAGGCCCAGUUCGGCGAAGUGACUGGUCGCAGCCACAGAGGCGAUAGGCCUAACAACGGAUGGGACCUAUGGAGGCUGAGGCUUAUCGGGUUCGGAAAGAGUGCAUUGGACGAAGGAGCCCCGAUGGUCCCACUGAUACAGAUCAUUUACGACGAAGGGACAAUACACUGUCACUUCGUGAAGAUCCGUGGCGUUAUGGUGCUGGCAGAAGUUGGGGUGUUCACAGUGCUCAUUCACUUGAACAACGUCAGGUCAUUAAAGGCCUCACUGCCAGUGAACUUAAUCUGCUGUAGGUGA